CGCGGGCGGGCGGCCAUUUUGUGGCGUUAAGUCGAAGGGCGCGGGCGGCGCCUCGCUCAUUUCCUCGUCAGCCGUGCUCGGAGGAGGUCCCCGGUUUUGCUUCCCCUUCCUACGACCAGUCGCUUUCUGCCUCUCUGGCCUGAUCUGCUAGCCUGAGCCCUUUCCCGAGCUGAGCCGAGUCGAGCCCCCCGGGGGCCCCUGCCCGCCAUGAGCUACGGGCGGCCGCCGCCCGACGUGGAGGGCAUGACGUCCCUGAAGGUGGACAACCUGACCUACCGCACGUCCCCGGACACGCUGCGCCGCGUCUUCGAGAAGUACGGCCGCGUGGGCGACGUCUACAUCCCCCGCGACCGCUACACCAAGGAGAGCCGCGGCUUCGCCUUCGUGCGCUUCCACGACAAGCGCGACGCCGAGGACGCCAUGGACGCCAUGGACGGCGCCGUGCUGGACGGCCGGGAGCUGCGCGUGCAGAUGGCCCGCUACGGCCGCCCGCCCGACUCGCACCACAGUCGGCGCGGGCCGCCGCCGCGCCGCUACAGCAGCGGAUACGGGCGCCGCAGCCGCAGCCCCCGAAGACGCCGCCGCAGCCGGUCCAGGAGCAGGAGCCGCUCGAGGUCCCGCAGCCGGUCCCGCUACAGCAGAUCCAAGUCAAGGUCCCGCACGCGCUCCAGGUCGCGCUCCACCUCUAAGUCCAGGUCUGCCCGGAGAUCCAAAUCGAAGUCGUCCUCCGUCUCCAGAUCCCGGUCAAGGUCGCGAUCCCGGUCGAGGUCUAGGAGCCCUCCACCUGUCUCGAAGAGAGAAUCUAACUCCAGGUCGAGGUCUAAGAGCCCCCCUAAGUCUCCAGAAGAGGAAGGAGCUGUAUCGUCUUAGAAAAAUGGUAAGGUAGCUAGGGAACAGCACUGUCCGCAUGUUAAAUUCGUUUUAGCAUUUAAGUGGGUUGUUGGGUAGUUUAGAGUAUUAACAGACUGAACCAAAUGAAUCCUAAUGGGGAACCGUGCUUUUCAUUUAUUUGGUUAGGGCUAUAAGUACUAAAGGACUUCCUUCAAAAGACACGUUUUUGUGGGUGUUUUAGAUUAAUGGCUUGCUUUUAAUAAAAUACUGUAUGAGACCUAUAAAUGAAAAUGACUAUUUCUUACUGUAUUUAUCCAACAUCUGCAUUUUCCCCUUUAAAGCUGCGGUCUCCUGUUUGCUAAAAGAAUAUUGACCAGUAUUGCAGAUUUUAACUGAUUUGGCUGAUCCUCCAGGGACCAGUUUCUGUGGGCGUGUAUUGGAGCAGGUUUGUCUUUAAAAUGUUAAAGAUGCACUAUCCUUUGGUACCGGAAAAGUGGCACAGGGAUGGAUGUUCUGACUGGAGGUAACGGUCUUUCUAGAAGCAGCAAAUGCACGAAGAUUGAUGAAAACCAGGUUUUCCUCCAUUCCACAAAGCUUUUGAGGAUGCAUUGGGUGGGGAAAGGAUAGUGUGUCUUUAACCCCUCAAACUGUUUGGUCCUGUUUUUUAUUAAAAAGGAAAGGGCCUUUAGCUCUAACAUUAAGUUGCUGUAUUGGAUGUAGUGAUGUUUUCCCACAUUGUUUUGAAUGUCAAUUGCAGACUAAAUAGUUAAGUUUAUAUAAAGUAUUAGUUUUCUGUAACAUUAUGUUAACUUAUUCUUACUUGGGCUGAAUUCAAGUUAAGUGCUUUGACUAACAGCCUGAUCUCCACAACAACUCUAAUAUAUUAAAGUGAUAAAUAAAUAGUACUGUUAAUAUCUAACCAUUCAGUUUAAUUUGGUCUUUGAAUUGGACCAUGGGGGGAGGUGGAACACCACAGUCGUGCUUAAAACUUAAUGAAACUAGACCAGGGCAUCUGAAACUACUAGAAGUAUGUCCGAAGUCAUCCACAUGAGGUAUGUGUUAUGAAAACUUUGACUGAACUUUUCUCUCUUCAAACCUAGAUGCAUCAGACAAAUGAGAGAUCUACGUAAAGGACGCCUCUGGGAGAAGAUGACUUGAGUCUUCAGUCCAUUGGAGAGACCCUUGGUACAAGCAACCAGCUGUUGAAAAGGUUAUUUUGUAACAUUUGUCUAACUUUUUUUUACUUGUUUAAGUUGCGCCUCAAAUGGCAGAUUUUACAUUUUAUGUGCCAUUUUGUUGCUGUUAUUCAAAUUUCUUGUAAUUUAGUGAAGUGAUCGACUACCGAUUUCAUUAUUGGCUUGGAUAUUUGAGGUAAAAUUUCAUUUUUGUUUAUAUAGUGCUGACUUUUUAUUUGAAAUAAUACACACUGGUAACUUGCUGCCUCAAGUUUCAUACUGAGGAAACUGCAGCCAUUAUGCUGAGUAGCUAACUCUGUCAAGAAAAGUGUUCUCAAUUUUGCCUUCAUUUCUUAAAAUUCUGCAGAGCAUCAAAUUAAACUUUGUUGCAAAUGCUUUAUGCUUUGAACUGAAGUAUCUUCACAUCCAAAUUCAUAGAGAACUUUUUUCAGAUGACAGUUGACUUUUUUUUCUUUUGAGAGGAUUGUUUUAUCAGACUCAAUUCUAAUCUCUUCUCUUAUGUAUUUUUGUGCACUAGGCGCAGUUGUGUAGCAGUUGAGUAAUGCUGGUUAGCUGUUAAGGUGGCGUGUUGCAGUGCAGAGUGCUUGGCUGUUUCCUGUUUUCUCCUGAUUGCUCCAGUGUAACGAUGCCUUGUCGUGCAGAAACAAAUGGCUGUCCAGUUAAUUAAAAUGCCUGACAACUGCACUUCCAGUCACCCGGGCCUUGCAUAAAAAUAAUGGAGCAUACAGUGAGCACAUCUAGCAGAUGAUAUACACACCUUAUUUUUUCCAGAAUGGUAAAUCUUACCAUCUUCAUGUAUGAACUUGCAUAUGAGAAUUAUAAUGUUAAGAAAGCAGAUGGUUCAUUCCUUUGUAAGUAACUGAUUGGUGUAUCUUUCGCUUAAGACAUUCUGUACUAUAACCACUGUCUCUGUAGUUUAAUAUUAAACUUUUUUUCGUGUUAAUUUUUCUCAA